GUAUCUACAAUGCUUUAAACAGAUAUAACAUUUUACGUUUCAUCCAGAGAAAGUUUGUAAAUCAACGUUUAUGUUAAACAUUUUAAAAAGGGAUAAUGCUCUAUAAUAAUCUGCCAGAAAAUAAAUAAAUAUAUUUUGUGCUGUGAUUUUAAAGGUUAAAUACAAAAGGGAAAUAGAAAAUUACUAAAAAAAUCACAUAUUUUUUAAAAAAAUGAUAUGAAAUAUAUCUCUGAAGAUGGAUGUUAAUCAAUGCCAAUUGUCAUGGCAACAGUUAGUUCUGGCAACAGUUAUUCUUACAUACAACGUAAUAAAUGUGACGUGUGUUUCCCAGCAGGUCAUCACUAAAACCCUGCAUGAUUACCUACUCACAGAUUAUGACUCGAACCUCUUACCUGUCUGUGCCACGGGCGAUAAUGUAACUUUAGACAUGGACCUGGCACUUAGACAGAUCAUGGACUUGAAUGAACGGGAGCAAAUACUUACAACAAAUAUUUGGUUACGUCUGAAAUGGAACGACUGUCGUCUGCAAUGGGACCCAAAUUCUUACAGCAACAUAAGCAGCAUAAUGUUUACGUAUCCCGACGUUUGGCUGCCGGAUAUCACACUUUACGACAGCGCAGCGGACGAGGUGAUGUUUCCGGGAGUGGAGAGUUUCCGAGCAUAUGUCUCCCCCACUGGGAUGGUGUCUUACAACUUCCCCACCGUCGCCAAAUCUAUAUGCCGAGUUAAUGUCAAAUACUUCCCAUUCGAUACUCAGGAGUGCGCGUUACAAUUUGGGUCGUGGUCACAUCACGGAAAUGAAAUCGAUAUUGUAAAUAGAAACGCAAACGUUGGUGUUGCAGGUGACCUUGACAACUACAUUGAUAAUGCUGAAUGGACCGUGCAGACUAUUCCCGUGGAACGCCACGUGCUAUAUUACAACUGUUGUCCUGAACCAUAUCCUGACGUCACGUUCUAUAUCGUCAUGAAGAGACGCCCGGCGUUUUACCUCCUCACUAUGAUAUUUCCUUGUAUAUUGACGUCAUGUGUUGCUGCGAUGGGGUUCCUCCUGCCAACAGAAUCUGGGGAGAAAGUGUCGCUCGAAAUCACCGUGCUUCUUUCCCUCGCUGUGUUUCUGCUACUUGUCUCAGAAUCUUUGCCACCAUCAUCAGAUAAUUUUCCGAUUAUAGGGUCUUAUUUUGCCAGUUCGAUGGUACUUGUAUCACUUUCGUUGUUACAGACGGUGUUGGUCAUAAAUGUUUUCUACAGGGGCACUAAUGGUCGAAAAGUACCAACGUGGGCUAGAAAGUUGUGCUAUCAAUAUUUGGCAAGAUUUCUGUGUAUAAAAUCAAAUAAAGUAGAGACUGUCAAUGAUGAUGAGGAAUUAAAAGUACGUUCGUCAAAACUUGAUCCUUCGUUUGAACAUUAUGAAAGCAAUACUGACACCGAUACACGCAUGCGCGAAAACUGUGAAAAAAUGGCGGACUCACCGAACAAUUCUCACUCGCAUAACCAAACGAUGAAAAGAAAUAACGUGUUACCAAACUUUGUUAUCCGAGAUCCUACAAUAGAUGCAUUAAAAGAACAAACACAGUGCAUCAGAAACAUUGAAGAACAUUUUAUUGAUCAGAAAAAAGAGGAUGACAUAAAUUCCGAGUGGAGGGAUUUGUCAAACAUUUUAGACAGGGUUUUCCUGAUUAUGUAUCUCCUUGUAACAAUAAUUACAACAUUGUCAUUGAUUUUGCAGUGUUUGUAAUUGUGACAUUUCUAAAGUGUUUGUUAAUUUCGACAUUGUUUUACUGAUUGUACAUGUAACAUUGCAAAUUAGUAUGACAAAAGCAUUGUCAUUGAUUUUGCAGUGUUUGUAAUUGUGACAUUUCUACAGUGUUUAAACUGUGACAUUUCACUUCAAAUGACAUUCAUACAUUCUGAUAACUGUGACAUGUUUACAGUGUUUGUAAUUGUGACAUUGUUGCAUUUCUUGUACAUCAUGUACAUGUGACAUUGCUAAUGUGUUUGACAUAAAACAUUGCUUUAGUUUUUGUAGCAACGUUGUCAUGGCUGUAACUAUAACAUUGUUAAAUUGUAACAGUGGAAUCACAAAACUGUUUCUACCUGUUUUGUUGCUGCAGCGUAAGCUGAUGUGACAAUUAAAGCUACAAUGCAAUUUCUAUAUAACUGUGACGUUGUCGUCGAGUUUAUGCUAACAUCAGUGCAAUUAUCGUUAAAUCAGUUCUAAGUUUAUAAGUUUUGCUUGGAACCACGUCUGGUACAAAUAAAAGAAACUCUUUUUCAACUUUCAAAGAGUUUUCUAAAUUUAUAACAGAUCUUUAACUAAUACUUGUGUACUUUAACUUCUGAACAUUUGUUUAUAAUUUGUAUGACCUUGCUUUGCAAUAAUCUGAUAAUCUGUUUUUAUCGUUCAUAAACUUGUUUUAAUAAUAAGUUGUGUCGGUU